AUGCCGUGUACCAUCGAUACUCAUAGCCACCAAUGGGUCACCGAAGGCGAACUCGUCAUUGAGCGCUGCGAGAAGCAAUGUGCGUUCUGCCACCACUCCUUUCAAUCUGGAUGGUUCAUCCGCCGUCAUGUCUCCUCGGUCCAUUGCGGUCCGGGCAAAGACUACCCCAACCUCGUCGUCUUGAAAGGAUGGAAGGACAGGCCUGACGGCAACGCUCGCCCGCACUCCGAUGAGAGCGUCACCACCAACAGGCGUGUGAAGAAGGAGAUGAAACGCAAGAAGGCCAUGAACACCAUCCCAGACCAGGAGACUACGACUGUGGCUGACGUCACUCACUCGUUCGUCGCUCCGACCCCCUUCAGCACCGGUCCUGCUCUCGUAGCCUCCACACUUUCCCUCGCCCCUCCGAUCAACUUCAACACUGCUCCCGCUCCCGUCGUCAGUCAGUCCGACGCCACUGAUUUGUUUGACUUCGGAUUCACCACCAACGACAUCGACUCCACCGGAACAUCCCAGUUUCCGGUGUGCAAAGUCACCAGCUCCUCUUCCGCUGCGAUGGCCCCAGAAGCGACCGGCCGUUCGGGACCCAGCACUCCAGAGCCGAUGAACUCCAUCGACCCGAAGGUCCUAUUCGAAGGCAACACGGCGUACACCAAGACCACAAGCCCGUGGAGCGUCGUACAGAACGUCCGCACCGACGGCAGCCGCAUCAAGGCUAUCCGCCCUCUCGUCCCUAUUGACGAUGGUGCCGACACCGUACGUCGCAGCCUGAACACGCUCUUCGCUUCGGUCCGCCUCAGCAGUCAGAUGACUGAUGAGGAGAUUCUCGGCACGGCUCAGUCGUACCUCAAGGCCUUCGCCAACGGUUCGUUCAUGUCGCCGAUCACUCCCACCGCUCCACCCUUCCCGGAGUCGGCUGACGCCACCUUCCCCAAUGCGGCCGGUGAGGUCUUCCCGGAUCCCACCGACGAUGCCCAGGAGUACAGCGACGACACCUUCGGAGGGCCGAUUCAGUCGAUCGAGCAGACCAUCCUGGGCUUCUGA